UAUUCUCACACUCACAUAUUAAAAGGCACAAGACAGAAAUAUUUUAAGAAAUGGGAAUUAAUUAACUCUAAAAAGUUCGAGUACUUAAAUACUAAUUGUCUCAUUUUCAGUUUAAUUCCAAAUUGAAGCUGCAUUUUGAAGGAAACCAUGGCGAAGCGGUUAUCGUCGCCGUCGCUUAUGACUCGGGCUGUUAACUCAGUAUUCACUUUCGUCCGAUUCGCUGAGUUUGAGAUUCUCUUUGUCCUCUUUUUCCUUAUAGCAUAUCUAAUCUUCAAAGAUCUGACAUCGAGACCUGAGUAUAAUCAGAUAUUGCUGAAGAAGCCCGGUGGACCUGAUUGGUCGCCUUAAAUUAUUUGAUAUUCUUGUGUAUCUUCGUGUAAUACAGCAAAAUGUGAUUUCCUUCUUAUCUUAGCAAAUGUUUAACACUUAGUUGUGAAUUGUGAUAAUGAAAUUUCUGGUUUCCUGUAUAAACAAGAAGUCAUUUUAAAGAUUUUGGUGAAAAUCAAUUUUUUUUUAAA